GCCGCGCUCGGACGCGCCGUCCUGGCGGCGCGGCGGCACUCCGGGCGCGCUCUGGACCGCCGGGGUCCGCCGUCUGGCGCUGCGCCACGUGCUUUGAUCCGCGCUGAUGUCAAGUGGGUGUGGGCUCUUAGGGAAGGCCCAGGCGAGGACGAGGAGGGCGCGCGAUGCGCCGCGGGCGCGCUGAGGCCACAGCGCGCUCCGCCGCCCAGCGCUGCUGACCGGUGGCCGGCCUGGGCUCAAGGAGCGGGCGCAUGGAGCGGCGGCGCUGCCCUGCCGGGGACGCAUGCCCCGCCGCCCUGGGGGGCUGGUGGGGACCGCCGCGGGGGGCCUGCAGCCAUAACCAACAGACCACAGCAUUCAGGCACCCUGUGAGUGGGCAGUUUUCUCCAGAAAAUAGCGAAUUUAUUCUUCAAGAAGAGCCACAUCCACAUAUGUCGAAGCAAGAGAGAAACCAAAGACCGUCCAGCAUGGUCAGUGAAACAUCCACAGCUGGAACCACGUCGACCGUGGAAGCCAAACCUGGCCCCAAGAUCAUGAAGUCCAGCAAUAAAGUCCACAGCUUUGGGAAGAGGGACCAGGCCAUCCGGAGGAACCCCAAUGUUCCAGUGGUGGUGAGGGGGUGGCUGCACAAGCAGGACAGUUCUGGGAUGAGGCUGUGGAAAAGGAGGUGGUUUGUGCUUGCCGAUUAUUGCUUGUUUUACUAUAAAGACAGCCGAGAAGAAGCUGUCCUUGGGAGCAUCCCUCUGCCCAGCUAUGUGAUCUCGCCUGUGGCCCCUGAGGACCGUAUAAGUCGCAAGUAUUCCUUUAAGGCUGUGCACACGGGGAUGCGAGCACUCAUCUAUAAUAGCUCCACAGGGGGUUCUCAGGCCGAGCAGUCAGGCAUGAGGACCUACUACUUCAGUGCCGACACCCAGGAGGACAUGAACGCUUGGGUCCGGGCCAUGAACCAGGCCGCACAGGUGCUGUCUCGAUCAUCACUAAAGAGGGACAUGGAGAAGGUGGAGCGGCAGGCGGUCCCCCAGGCCAAUCACACAGAGUCCUGUCGAGAGUGUGGCCGUGUGGGACCUGGACAUGCAAGGGAUUGUCCUCACCGCAGCCAUGAGGAUUCCUUUGGCUUCGAGAGGCGGGAGCAAGAGGAAGAACGUUACCGUUCCCAGAGGGACCCACUGGAGGGCAAGCGGGACAGGAGCAAGGCCAGGUCCCCGUACUCACCAACUGAGGAGGAUGCCUUGUUCGUGGAUUUACCUGGUGGCCUGAGAGGCCAGCAAGCACAGCCCCAGCGGGCAGAGAAGAACGGAGUGCUGCCCACCACAUAUGGCCCAGGAGAGCAGAAUGGGACCAGCGGGUAUCAGCGGGCCUUUCCUCCCAGGAACAACCCUGAAAAGCACAGCCAGAGGAAGAGCAGCCUGGCCCAGGUGGAGCACUGGGCAAAAGCCCAGAAGGGGGACGGCAGGAGCCUGCCGCCGGACCAGACCCUUCCCCGCCAGGGCCCCAGCCAGUCCCUGUCCUUCCCAGAAAACUACCAGACCCUUCCUAAGAGUACCCGACACCCCUCAGGGGGCUCCUCGCCCCCUCCCCGCAACCUGCCGAGUGACUACAAGUAUGCGCAGGACCGAGCCAGCCACCUGAAGAUGUCAAGCGAGGAGCGCAGGGCACACCGGGACGGCACCGUGUGGCAGCUCUACGAGUGGCAGCAGCGCCAGCAGUUCCGGCACGGCAGCCCCACAGCGCCCAUCUGUGCUGGCUCGCCAGAGUUCCCCGACCAGGGCCGGAGCAGGAGCAUGCUGGAGGUGCCCCGCUCCAUCUCUGUGCCUCCGUCUCCCUCGGACAUCCCUCCUCCGGGCCCCCCGAGGGCCUUCCCACCCAGGCGGCCACACACGCCGGCAGAGAGGGUCACCGUGAAGCCGCCGGACCAGCGGAGGAGUGUGGACAUCUCGCUGGGGGGUUCUCCCAGCAAGGCCCGGGGCCACACCACCAAGAACUCUUCUCAUGUGGACCGACGCUCCAUGCCCUCCAUGGGCUACAUGACCCACACUGUCAGUGCUCCCAGUUUACAUGGAAAAUCGGCUGACGACACCUACCUCCAGCUGAAGAAAGACCUGGAGUACCUGGACCUAAAGAUAAAAAAUAAUGAACCUUUGAUCAACGUGCUUUACAAAGUGCUGAAGAAGUCAGCACGGGGCUGUCGGCCCAGGAGAAGCAUGACAGGCAGGGAUCUCGUCAAGGAUCGAAGUCUGAAGCCAGUGAAGAUCGCGGAGAGUGACAUUGACGUCAAACUGAGCAUCUUCUGUGAACAAGACAGGAUCCUCCAGGACUUGGAAGACAAGAUCCGAGCCCUCAAGGAGAACAAAGACCAGCUAGAGUCCGUCCUGGAGGUAUUGCACAGACAGAUGGAGCAGUACCGAGACCAGCCCCAGCACCUGGAGAAGAUUGCUUACCAGCAGAGGUUGCUGCAGGAGGACCUUGUCCACAUCCGGGCGGAGAUCUCCAGAGAGUCCACUGAGAUGGAAAAUGCCUGGAAUGAAUACCUGAAGUUAGAGAGUGAUGUGGAGCAGCUGAAGCAGACCCUGCAAGAACAACACAGAAGAGCCUUUUUUUUCCAGGAGAAAUCGCAGAUACAGAAGGAUCUCUGGAGGAUUGAAGACGUCAUUGCAGGCCUGAGUGCAAAUAAAGAGAACUUUAGAAUCCUGGUGGAAUCAGUCAAAAAUCCAGAGAGAAAAACGGUGCCUUUGUUUCCUCAUCCGCCUGUGCCUUCACUCUCAACUUCUGAGAGCAAGCCACCCCCACUGUCCAGCCCUCCCACCAGCCCCGUGCGGACCCCUCUGGAGGUUCGACUCUUCCCCCAGCUGCAAACCUAUGUGCCGUACCGACCUCAUCCACCCCAGCUGAGGAAAGUGACAUCCCCUCUUCAGUCACCAACCAAGACGAAGCCCAAAGUUGAAGACGAGGCACCUCCCAGGCCUCCACUCCCCGAGCUCUACAGUCCAGAGGACCAGCCCCCGGCCGUGCCACCUCUGCCAAAGGAGGCCACCAUCAUCCGGCACACUUCAGUGAGAGGCCUUAAGCGGCAGUCGGAUGAGAGGAAGCGAGACCGGGAGCAGGGGCUGUGUGUGAAUGGGGACUCCAGGGUAGAGCUCCGGUCGUACGUUAGUGAACCCGAGCUGGCGACUUUCAGUGGGGACAUGGCCCAGCCCUCCCUGGGACUUGUGGGCCCUGACAGCAGGUACCAGACCCUGCCGGGCAGAGGCCUCUCAGGGUCCACGUCAAGGCUCCAGCAGUCGUCCACCAUUGCUCCCUACGUCACACUCCGGAGGGGUCUCAAUGCCGAAAGCAGCAAGGUGACCUUCCCUAGACCCAAGAGUGCCUUGGAACGUCUGUACUCAGGGGACCAUCAGCGGGGCAAGAUGAGUGCGGAGGAGCAGCUGGAGCGCAUGAAGCGGCACCAGAAGGCCCUGGUCCGGGAGCGCAAGAGGACGCUGAGCCAAGGAGAGAGGACGGGCCUGCCCUCGUCCCGCUACCUCAGCCAACCUCUCCCCGGAGAUCUCGGCUCAUGGAAGCGUGAGCAGGACUUUGACCUGCAGUUGCUGGAACGGGCCAUGCAAGGGGAAAGAAAGGACAAGGAGGAGAAUGGCUGGUUGAAAGUACAGGCCAUGCCAGUCACUGAGUUGGACCUGGAACCUCAAGACUAUGACUUGGACAUCAGCAGAGAGCUGUCCAAACCAGAGAAGGUCUCCAUCCCCGAGCGUUACGUGGAGCUGGACCCUGAGGAGCCGCCCAGCCUUGAGGAGCUGCAGGCGCGGUAUCGCAAAGCCGAGAAGAUCCGCAACAUCCUUGCUCGCUCCAGCAUGUGCAACCUGCAGCCGACAUCAGGCCAGGACCGGAACAGCGUGGCCGACCUGGACUCACAGCUGCAGGAGCAGGAGCGCAUCAUCAACAUCUCCUACGCUCUGGCCUCCGAGGCCUCCCAGCGCAGCAAGCAGGUGGCAGCGCAGCAGCUGGCCCUCCUCCCGCCUAAAGCCCCCCUGUCCUCCAGGACGGUGCCACCUUACCCCCCCUUAAGCAACGGACUCCACUACACCUUUGUCUAACACCUUCCAACCCAGGCAGUGACUGACCCGUGACCCAACGUGCAAAGGAGAAGUCUGAAGCCAGGGGCCCAGUGGAACCAGUUUCCUCUGAGAAGAUUGAUCUUCCUUCCCCCAAGGAAACCCCUUCCAGCUCAGCAGGGGUUCUGGCUGGAGGAAGGAGCAGCCACAACUUCACUAUAGGGCUGGGUCCUAACCACCACCCCCCACCCGGCCCCCCACCGACUUUAGUUCAGACUCCUUUUUACAUAUGACAAAGGCACUUUUGAUACACACUGUAAAAUACUGAUGCUGUAUUUUA